AUGCCGGAAUUAAACGAAGUCAGCUACUCUCGCGAGGCCACCAUCGCCGCCUUCCGCGACUACUAUCAGUUCCUUACAGAGAUGUUCUUGCCCGAGAAUCGAGUCGAAGAGCCCCCGGCUGAAGGCUGGUCCUCGAUCACAAAAGAGAAAUUACGCCUUCUGGAUAAAGAUGACGAGGUGGUCGAGCUUAUGCGUCAUCUUCCAUACAUUUCAAAUGACGGCCUACUUGCACCUCAUGCGGAGAUCGCUCAUUGGCCCAGUCUACUCGACGCUAGCGCAUACGAUCAACGACCCUUUGAUGAAUCAGAUGUCGAAGAAACGAGGGUGAUCACUGAUGGUCUGGACUGGGAGAACGUCCCCUCGUCAGCAUUCGGCAUUUCGUGCGGCGACGACAUAUUCAUCCUAGACACUCAGUUCGGCGUUGUGUUCUGGUUGGAUUCCCCUGGAGAAGUCCUGGAAAGUGCUGCAAGGGAGCCAAUAACCGAUGAUUUCUACGAUCGCACGCCAGAAAACGAACACGAGUGGCGAAGCAAUAAGGCUUGGGCAAUUCCUGAUUUUUUUGAAGUCUUGAAGAACAGAUAUAAGAUUCUCAAAUACCUUCCCUUUCACGAACGCCGGAUUGAAGAGUGGUUCGACAUAUACAAGGAAGGCGAUGGUCCCAAUGGCGGUAGACCAAUUCUACGGUCGGUCAGGAAAAUCUACCAGGAGCAGGGUUGGCCGGAUUUGUCCGUGUACAAGAAGAAUGAAUGUCUUGACGAGAUUGACAAGAUGAUCAAAAAUCACUUCCCAGCGGAAGAUUUCUAA